AUGGGGCGGGGCUUCCGCCCGCCUUCCGCCCGCCUUCCUUCCGGCUUCUGUCCAGUUUCCGUCUGCCUUCGUCGGGCGCCGCCCGCUGCACGCUUCCCUGGGGUCACUGUCUACCUGGCUGAGCCACGCAUGGGCCGCAGCCGCCGGGCCUUCCUCACACGCCUGGCUCUCUCCAAGGGCUUCCGCGUCCUGGACGCCUACAGCUCGGAGGUGACACACGUCGUGAUGGAGGGGACCUCAGCAGAGGAGGCCGUCUGCCGGCAGGAGCAGAAGCGCAGGACGGCGGCCCUUCACCCAGGAUGCACCCGCCCAGUGCUCUUAGAUGUAAGCUGGUUCACGGAGAACGGCGGCCGGCAGCCUGUCCCUGUGGAGUGCCGGCACCGCCUGGAGGUGGCUGUGUGCAGGAAGGGGCCGCCACGCCCAGCAUGGGGGCUGCCCUGUGCCUGCCAGCAUCCCACACCCGUCACGCACCACGACGCCGGCCUGCAGGAGGCUCUGGAGACGCUGGCAGAGGCCGCGGGCUUCGCCGGCGUUGAGGGCCGCCAACUCUCGUUGUGCAGAGCGGCCUCAGUGCUCAAGGCCCUUCCCAGCCCGGUCACGGCCCUGAGCCAGCUGCGUGGCCUGGCCCGCUUUGGAGAACACUCGCGCAGGGUCGUCCAGGAGCUGCUGGAACACGGAGUGUGUGAGGAGGGGGAGAGAGUCCGGCUCUCGGAGAGGUACCAGGCCAUGAAGGUCCUCACUCAGAUCUUUGGGGUCGGGGUAAGGACUGCUGACCGGUGGUACCGGGAGGGGCUGCGGACGCUGGACGACCUCCGAGAGCAGCCCCAGAGACUGACCCAGCAGCAGAGAGCAGGACUCCAGCACCACCAGGACCUGAGCACCCCGAUCCUGCCGUCAGACGUGGAGACCCUGCAGCAGGCGGUGGAGGCAGCCGGGGGGCAGGCCCUUCCUGGGGCCGCCGUCGCGCUGACCGGCGGCUUCCGGAGUCAGACUGGCCCCCUCCGGGGGAAGUUGCAGGGCCACGACAUGGACUUCCUCAACCACCCCCAGGAGGGCCGGGAGGCCGGGCUGCUGCCGACCCCACGUGGCGGUACCCGGCCAUGUCUGCUCUCCCCCCAGGGCCUUGUCCUGUACCGCCAGCACCAGAGACGGCAGGCAGACGACCCCACCCACCUGCCCCGGCAGAGCCACACCAUGGAUGCCUUCGAGGGGGCUUUCUGCAUUCUCCACCCGCCACAACCCCCAGGGGAUGCUGUAGGGGCGCCCAGAGGCCCUGCCUCACCCUGACCCCUGGUGGUCACCCCCAUCAGCCCGUUCCCCUUUGCGCUACUCGGCUGGACUGGCUCCAAGCGUUUCGAGCGGGAGCUGUGCCGCUUCAGCCGGAAGGAGAGGGGGCUCUGGCUGAACAGCCGUGGUCUGUUUGAUCCGGGGCAGAAGACGUUUUUCCACGUGGCUUCAGAGGAAGACAUCUUCAGACUCUUGGGCCUUGAGUACCUUCCCCCCCAGCAGAGAAAUGCCUGGUCCUAUUAGCUGGCCCCCACUUCCACUCUCUGGAAAUGGAGGGUGCCAUUUGAGCCAGACGCUAUGGGUGUUGUGGUCCCUGAAUGUUUCCAGGUGGAACAUGCACUGCUGCCCCAAGUCCUCACGCCUCCCAAGCGGGAGCCCUGUCUGUGUGGACCAGCAGUCCCCCACAGACACCCAGUUCAAGGUGUCAUGAAAUGAGCACGUGGAACAAACUAAGCUGUAUUUUCUGAAUGUGUUGCUGGUGUGGGUGACCAGGGAGCAUAGGUAUUGGUUCUGCCCAGAGGUCAGCUACAGGGUGCUGGUGAGGGCGGGGGAUGUGGACCUAAGACAGAUAGACUUCCAGUUAUUUCUCCAACAAAAACGGGUUUAUUCAGGAUCAGCAGAGAAUGGGUCUGCAACCAUGGCAAGCCAUGUGCAAGUCCCCAGCAAAAAUGGAAAGGAAAACGCUUUUACAGAGGGGAAAAGGAAUUUGGGAGGGCUAUAGUAAACAAGAGUCCAUGGCUUUUCAUUGGCUGAGUCCUCAUCAGGAACGAAGAGGAGAUCCUUCUUUCUGUUGGGCUCUGCUAUCAUCACAGGGCACGAGCGCUCCCCCUUCUGGUCUCCCAACUCUUGAGGUUUCUGUUUAUUAAUCUUUUUACACUCCCCCUUUCGAACAAGAUGUUUCUCUGAAAGCAUCACUAAUCUGAGUCAGGCUUUCCAGUUUCAGGGUCUUUUUGUCUCUCAAUACAAGGAAGGACCUUUCCUGGGUGUAGUGUCCCACAUCAGAGGGAAAGUGCACAGACUGGAGAUCUAUUGAGGUCAUAUUUAAGUAACAAGGAGGAGUAGGAGGGACAACUCUUAGGCACUUUUUAUCUAAAGUCCCUGUGUUACCAAGAUCCUAAAUGGUAGAGAUUAUCUGAAGCCUUAUGUAAUCAAAGGUUUGGUGACAAAAUUCCAACAGGCCUAGUCUGAAUAUCUUUGGAAAGCUGGCUCAUCGGAUGUCGUCUGCUUCAGUUCAGGGAAAUCUUUACUUUCAGGUCACCAGAUGAUUUGCAGGUCCAGACAGGGUUUGGUGCUUUCUUUAGGUGUGUCAUGUGAAUCCAAGAGUUGUAUUCCUUGGAGUUUUGCAGCACAAGGGUUGGUUAGCAGUACCUGAUAGCAGCCUUUCCAGCAAGGUUGAAGAGAGUCCUUCUGGAGGUGUCUUUUCCAAUAGAUGAAAUCUCCAGGUUGCAAGGUGUGAUGUUUAAGGUCUUCAUCUCCCAAGAGUGCACUCUGAAAAGGUUGCCUACCAAAACAUGGUUAUUUUUAAUAGAGGCAAUUAGGCCUUUGCAGUAUUGGAGUAUCUCUCUUUUUAUUAGUUGUGGGUCAAAAGAGGCAGGAGCCAAGUGCACUGGGCAUCCUGUGACUGCCUCAAAGGGUGUAAAAGUUCCAAAAGAGGUGGGUCUAUGAUUUAGAAGGACCAACAGCAAUGCUUUUGACCAAGGUAUUUGGAGGGCCUCUACAAGUUUUGCCAGUUGAGUCUUAAUAAUGCUGUUAGUGUGUUUGACCAAACCAGAGGAUUGAGGGUGGGAAGUGCAGUGAAAGUGUUGUAAAACUGGCCAAACAGCACAGACUUUUUGAAGCACCUGGCCAGUGAAAUGGGUUCCUCUAUCAUUAUGAAGUUGAAAAGGAGUUCUCCAGGUAGGAUAAUCUUAUCCAAGGCACUUCAGUCACAGAAGAGGUAGUAACCUAUCUGUAAGGGAAAGCUCCAGUCCAGUGUGAAAACAUACAUACCAUGACUAAAACAUACUUAUAUCCAUGAAAUGGAGGAAGUUGUAUGAAAUCCAUUUGCCAGAUCUCAAAUGAUCCAUCAGGCAAUUUAAAAUGUCCAGGAGCAGUACAAACAGACUUCCCUGGGUUGUAAUUCAGACAAGGGGAACAAUGAGUAGGUACUUUCUGUGGCCUUGUUAGUGUUUCCCCACCAAUACUGACUCAUGAAGGCUAUCAUCUUGUCAGUAGACCAGUGGUUUAAUGCAUGUACAGUAGUGAGGAGUGGGAAUUUUACAGUCUCCGGUAGAACUGGGUUGUUACUUGGUCUGAACCAGAGCUUUCUCUUUUUUAUCAAACCAACAGUCGUUGAAUUUCCAAUCUUGUUUUUCUUUUCCUGAGGCCAGUUUUUGGGCUUCUCGAGCCAGUUUUUAAAGGAAUCACUUGAGGAAGUAUCCCUUUGGACCAUGACAGAAGUUUAGCUGCUGUGGUUCCUUUAAAGGUGGAAUUCCUUGCAGAAAUUUCGGCAAGGUGAUUUACCUUAGCUUCCAGAGAGUCCAGUUUAGAAUGCCCUGGAAUCUUACUGAUAACUCAAGGGUGGAUAAAAGUGUUGCAUCCAAUAAUUCCUGAACACGGGGGCCAUUUUUAAUUUUAUUUCUGCUGGAAAUAAGGAAGCCACAUUGCUUCCACAACAUUCCAAAAUCACGAGCUACUCCGAGAACGUAUCUACUAUCAAUAUAAAUAUUGGCAGUUCUGUCCUUGGCUAAAGUACAAGCCUGUGUGAGAGCAUAUCAUUCAGCCUGUUGGGCCAAAGUAGCCGUAGGUAAAGAUGCUGCCUCAACAACAUCAAAAGAAUUGCAGUAACAUCCCCAGCACAAUAUCUGCCAUUGUCCCCUUUUAAAUAAGAACCAUCAGUGAACGUGAGGUCAGUGUUACCGACUGAAAUUUCCUAGAGAUCAUUAUGAGGAGUCAGGAGGUGGUCUGUCAGGGUUAAGCAGUUGUGAGGGACUUCCUCAGUGACAGAGGAGAGAAGAGUAGCAGGGUUAAGGUUAUUACAACGUAGAAGAGUUAUGUGAAGACCAGCUGACGAUAGGACUCCAAAGGAGGUGAGACGCCUGACUGAGAAAAGUUGAGUGUGAUGAGAAUUCAGGAGGGCUAUUGCAUGAGGUUCAGAAAUGAUUAAAGGAGAUCCCACAAUGAUUUUCUCAGCGGCCUUAACCACAAGGGCGGUGGCCGUGAUGGCUCUAGGCGAGAGGGGUAUUUAUUUCCGUGUUACAGGGUCCAGUUGCUGGCCAUAAUACGCUGUGGGUCGACGGUGGUCUCCAUGUU